AUGCCCACUCCUUCAAAACAUGUCAAAUUCGUCGCCUCAGACCCUUCGCGCGGUGGUCUCCCCGUAAAGCGCAAACAAGUCCAGCACGCAUGCGCUUCAUGUCGCAAGAAAAAGAGGCGCUGCGUCCAUGCUGAAGAUGCAGUCGAUGAGACCUCGCCUCCCGUGGAAGAAGAUGAGACAUCCCGGUCAACAACUGCUCUCCCAGACUCAUCGCUCCAAUAUGCAAACUCAACCGCAAACGCAAGUCCCGCUGCGCCGACUCCAAGGCGUGAAUCUGGCAGCACGCCCAAUCAAUCAUCCCGCUUCGUGGGCGAUCUCAAUCCAGAGGGCAUGUUCAUGGAAGCCACGGGCUCAGCAUCUAUCCGCGAGACUUCACAGAAGGGCGACGUAGGAAUAUGGCUUUCGUCGAAUAAUCCCGGUCAAGCAAGUCAAUUCAUCACUUCUCGGCCACCGCCGAUAAUGGACCAGUUCUUACUACCGUUUGUCAAAGAGCACUGUUUGUCGUGUCUUCCGCCACAGCAAGACUAUCUCAAAUUAAAAGCGCUGUAUCUGGAGAAAAUCCACCCCGUCAUGCCGAUUAUACCGGAGUCUGCGCUGGAGGGCGAUGAACCAGCGAGUGUCGUGCUAAAGCAACUCAUCUGUCUCGCUGCUUCUACAGACCCAAGCAUGGCGCUGUAUCUCCAUCUUCAGAACAAAGGCGAUGAUCUCCUGCCCUGCCAAGACUUUAUGCAAUCCCUCUCCUCCGCCGUCCGCGCCAUCCUCGAAACAAGCAUCAUCACCGACAGAGUCCUUCACAUCCGCGCCCUCAUCCUUCUGUCUCUGUACACACAGCCCAACUCCUCAGAAGAAGCAGACCUCCCAGCACAACUGGGCGGCCGCGCUAUUCACCACAUCCAAACCCUGGGUCUUCACCUGCUGAGAUAUGACGGGCCCAACUCUGAAGAGCUAGAAACGCUGUUUUGUGCGGUUUGGGCGGUUGAUCGGAUUAAUGCGGCUGUGCUGUUUCUGAGCGUGGUGCAGUGGUUGGAUCAGGUUAUUGAGCUGUAUCGCCCAGGACCGAGUGCUGAAGCGAGUGGGUUGGACAAGAUUGCUUAUAUCGAUCUUCCUGUUCUGGAGGCCAUGAUCGUCAACGCCGAUGCCCUCAAAGUACCAGGUUCACUAAUUGCAACGAUUGAAACAUUCUACCACGCCGUCAUCAUCCUAUCAUGCCGUCUCCCACGCCCAGGCACACUAACAGCAGCAUCUACCCUCCCUCCCCCCUCCGCCAACGCCCGUCGCUCCCUCGCAGCAGAACGCAUCGCCUGCGCCGUCCUGCGCGACCACCUCUCCCCCAUGCCCUUCGUCCCCUACGCAGUCUGUCUCGCCCUAAGCGUAGAGUACCGCAAAAUGCGCCACUCCCGCCUGCCCAUGUUCCGCUCGCGCGCCAUGCACGCGUUCCGUCGCAACUGCGAGAUGCUCCGCAGAUUCGGCGACUACUUCUGGAGCGCAAAUGUUGUAGCCGGGUUGGGCGAGCGCGUGCUCAAGGAGAUGGAGCGCGCUGCUAACACGCUCACGCGGGAAUCACCGCCGCCUGCGCCGGCGGUUGUGAAUACUGUGGCUGUGACGAAUCCGAGCAUGGUUAAUGCUGUGCCGAGCGUGGAGCAGGCGGUCGACUUUUCGCUGAUUGAUGCGAUCUCGGGGGCGGAUGUGUUUGGGGCUAUUGAUCCGAGUUUUAACCUGGGGGCUGUGGAGGAUGCACUGGAGGCGAAUCUGGAUAUUGGGCUGCCGAUGAAUUGGGUUGAUUGGGGGCAGUAUGCUACGCUGUCGUGA